CUUUACUGUCCCUUUCAUGGUUUCCAAUUCAAUACGUCGAUCAUCCAGAAAACAUCAUUGAUCUGCUCCAUCCCCGAUUGUCCGAGGUCCAUGAGUGGUCAGCAUUUUAACGUCUCUGGAGUAGGCUUGUCCCCGCCCAAUGCCGUGUUUAACAAUCGGGGUGAAAUAGUGGGCGGGGUGAGUCUGGAUGUGUUCAACAUCAUGGCCAACGCUAUGCAAUUCAAUUACACAUUUAGGACGGAGAACAGCUGGGGAGGACGCAUCCCCAACUCCAAACAAUGGAACGGAUUGAUCGGAUCGGUAAGGAAUCAAACCUCCACGAUCGGUGUGGGAUUAGUCUUUGUGGACUACAACUACUAUCAGGCAGUGGAUUACCUCGACCCUUUAUGGUUCUAUCCCGUGGGUCUACGGAGUAAGAAACCAUCUGUUCUUCCUGGAUACGGAAAUCUGGUCCGACCAUUUUCGUCUAGUGUGUGGAUCGUCAUUGUUAUGGGCGUGAUUUUUCUCAUGGUCGUCAUAGUGGGCAUCAAGUACUUUGAAGAUGGCAGCAACGGACAGGACCUGGCACAUCAUGGCUUUUUGGUGGUUCGGAUUCUUUUCAGUCAAAGCGGAAACUUGUCAGCACACAAUCGGCGGUCUUCCAAGAUUUUUGUCGGCUUUUGGGUGAUGGCGGUUUUAUUCCUGAGCAGCAUGUAUGAAUGCAAUCUCCGAGCCUAUCUGAUGCUCCAAUCCUAUGAAAAGCCCAUUGAAACGGAACAGGACAUUGUGGACCGAGGACUGGACCUCUAUCUGGGUUAUGGAACGCCUUUCUUGGCCUAUUUCCGAGAAUCCCAAAUGGAGAUUCGACGGCAAUUUUGGACUAAAGCCCAGACGAAUCCGGAUCUGAUCUAUCAACCCGCCAUUGCUGAUUGUCUGUUGGAACACGAGAAAACUCAUCUCUUGGAGAAAAAUGGCGUCGAUCUUUUGAGUCCGGCUUUCUUCUUGGGUCGAUACCCGAUCAUGAAGGCUAACUUUGGAUAUGAGCCCUUCUCUCUGUCCAAGCGUGCCAUGUUCGAGUUCCAGUUCUCAUUUGUCUUGGGAAAAUACCAAGACUUUCGGGAGGAUUUGAACCAAAUUGUCCGACACCUCCACGCCUCCGGAAUAUUGAAUACCCUUCCCUCUCGAUAUUUUAGUCUUGAGGCUCUUGUCGGUGAAAUCACGGAUACUACACCCAAACCUUUUGGCAUGGAGCAUUUCGUGGCAGCCUUUGCCAUCUUGGGGGUUGGCCUUAUCGGGAGCGCAAUGGCAUUGGCCAAGGAACGGUGUGGCUCCAAAUGAAGAUUUGAUCUGACGAUCCAUUCAUUUUGGUGUUUUAUUGGGAAAGCAUGUUCAACAUUUUGCCCUUUAUUGCUGGAUGCUAACAGAUUCAUAAUGAUGCUUCAAUCUAAAGCAAACGAAAUGCGAAAUCGAUUACAAAUUUUGUGUUAAAACCUCCUUUUCCAAGGUCUUUUUCCUCUUUCAAAAUGGCACUGAAUCUUGUUACUGCAGAAAUCAAGGAAUUGAUCUUCAGAGGCGACUUUUUUUUAAACGCUCGUACAUCCGAGUUAAGGCUUGGACGUUACGCGGAAAGAGCAUGCACUCACCACUUUGGCGAGUGAAUUUUCAUACCGGUUAACGACUAAGCCCCUAACUCUGAGGUAAGAGGUAAGAAGAACUUUGGAAAA